CUAUAAUUCAAGCAAGAAGCAGCACGCGCCGCAGAAAUUUGCCAAUAAUUUUCGCCCUCGAAAUCGUCGCAAGAGGAGGCGUCGUGAGAUGGCAAUGGCAACGGGAGCAGGAUCUGGAGCAGCGGGAGCAGGGGCGUCCGUGGAGCAGCUGGUGGCCCAGACACUGCAGGCGGCCACAAAUCCGAGCCACGAGAUCGUCCAGAAGGCGGAGGCGCAGCUGCGUGAGUGGGAGCAGCAGCCUGGGUUUUUUCCCACGAUUGCCCGGCUGAGCAUGCGGCGAAGCAAUUGCAGCGAUGCCCAGCAUGGCGGGACCUCCAGCACGGAGGACUCCGAGGUAAAGGUGCGUUGGAUGGCGGCAGUCUAUUUGAAGAAUGGCGUAGAGCGCUACUGGCGGCCCAAUUCACGGCAGGAGCUGCCCGCCGAUCAAAAACAGCAGAUCCGCGAGGUUUUGUUGCGACAUUAUGAUGCGGAAGAGGUGCCCCAGGUGGCCCUACAGAUAGCCGUGCUCUUGGGUCGCCUUGCACGAACGGACUAUCCGCGAUUCUGGCCGGAAUUGCUUCCCACACUAAUGAAGCAGCUACAAGCUUGCAAUUCGGAUGCGGAAUCUGCCCUCCAGCAGCGUAUUCUCAUUGUCCUGCACUAUGUCCUCAAGGCCUUGGCGUCCCGGCGACUUAUGGCCGAGCAGCGAGCCUUCGAAGAGCUGGGUUCACAGAUCUUUGCCUAUCUGGCCUGGGACAUAUGGGCCCCUUUAACGACCCGUUUCCUGCAGCUCGUUCGCAAGGAGGAAGCCUUGGCUCUCAGUGCUCUGCAGCGGACCUAUGUAGUGAUGAGAUCCUUACGAAAACUUGUAGUCUACGGCUGCGCUAAGCCGUACAAAUCCACAGAUCAUAUGAACUUUGUGGAGCAGCUCUUCCAGCGGCUGCGUCAGUGCCUAGAGUUGCGCUAUGAACUGAGGAUGGGAUCAGCGUCGCCUGGAACUGCCGCGAUACUCACCGAACUGGAGCGCUUUGUGAUUAAGAUGAUGAAGACCCUCAAUGAACUGAUGGAGCGGCAUUCGGUCUCCUUUGCGAGGUUCGUUCCGGUGGCCUUGGAGUUCAGCUUCCACUAUGUGUUCCAUGAGGGCACCGCCCUUAUCUUCGAUGCUGGAAAUCGCAUCAACUUUGAUAACUUUGCAAUACAAGCGCUAAACAUGCUUAAAGGUAUCAUGCUGAGCGGCAACGAUAGCAUCAGUGCUCCGCCCGAGGGUGGAGCUUCUAUAGAGGAAGAGCUGUUAGCCAGUGCUGCCCAGAGUCAUGCCAAGUUCUUCACGGCGGAAAGAGUGACCUAUAUAUGCGAGAAGAUCGUGACGCACUAUUUUUUGCUCACGCAGCAAGAGUUGGAGGAAUGGCAACAGGAUCCGGAAGGCUAUGACCAGGAUGACGGCGGUGGCGAUGCCUGGAAGUACGCUUUAAGGCCCAGUGUGGAGACUCUAUAUUUCACCUGUUUUACGCAACACUCGCAAGUAAUGAUUCAGGAGGUUCUUCGCUUUGUUAGACGCGCCCAACAGCUGCAGCUUACCCCGGAAUCUGAUCUGAAGGCCAUCCUCCUGAAAGACGCCAUUUACAAUGCCGUAGGGCAGGCUGCCUUCCACUUCUUUAACAAACUGGAUUUUGGAGCCUGGCUUACAUCGCAGUUGCUGGCAGAGCUGCGCAUAGAAGCUCCCAAUUUUCGUAUCCUUCGUCGUCGGAUCAUUUGGCUGGUGGGCCACUGGGUGGGCGUGCAGUUACCCAGAGAGCUACGCCCUUUGGCUUACGAGGCCUGCCUGCAUCUUCUUCGACCGCAGGAAGACAUGCCUACGAGGCUGGCAGCUGCCAGGACUUUAAAUUUGCUGAUCGACGACUUUGAAUUCAUGCCGGAGGCAUUUCAUCCGUAUUUCCCAUCGCUCUUCGAGGCCCUUUUCCUGUUGCUCCAUGAGGCCGGCGAGUGCGACACAAAGAUCGUUGUUCUCGGAACCAUGACGCUACUUGUAGAGAAGAUGAGCGAGUACAUUGAGCCGCAAGCGCUUCAGUUCAUUGCGUAUUUGCCGCUUCUUUGGCGCGAGAGCGAAGAGUACGACCUCUUGCGUUGCGCCAUCAUUGGUACCCUAGAGCAGCUCGUACGAACUAUUAGGGAUGUCCCAGAGCCAAUGAAGCCCUUCCUCUACAGCGUUAUCGAGUUGAGCACUGACCUCCAGCAACACUCACACGUCUACCUCAUCGAGGAUGGUAUUAUGCUUUGGCUGGCGGUGAUUGGAAAUUCAACGGCGUUGACGCCCGAGUUACUUGCGCUAUGCGACCACCUGCUGCCCAUCAUUGAGAUGUCAUCAGAGAAUCUGCGCACCGUUCUGCAGCUGAUCCACGCCUAUAUACUACUAGAUGCUCAGGCCUAUCUGAGUCGGUACGGUGAAGGAUUCGUUGCGUACUGCGUACGCUCUUUCGAGGACAUUCGUGUCGAAGGCAUAAUCGCCAUGCUGCGCAUCUUCGAGACAUGCCUGAAGACGGACGCGGCGAUGGGAUUACGACUGGUGCGACCGGCACUGCCCUUCGUCUUCCAGCAGGUGUGCCUUAAGCAGGAGUAUCCGAUGACUAUGGGAUGGUAUCUCACGAUCGUGGCACGCACCCUUCUCAUCGACCAGGCCGUUUUCAUGUCGGUAGUUCAACAGUUACCGCAAGCGGACGCUUUAGCCUGUAUCCUCGAUGUGUGGAUUGAGAUGUUCCCAAAGGUACCAGACACGCACGCCGAGAAGCGUAAGCUUUUUUGUUUGGCCUUCGCAUCGAUCUUCGGCAGCAACGAACUGCUUCUUGCUCGCCUUCCCCAUAUUCUGCAGCUGGUGGACGAGACACUAGGGGAGGUAAUGGACAAGCAGUAUGCCGCUGCCGAGGAGGGUGCGUCCAAGACCACGCCACGCUUUUACGACUCAUUGGUCAUACAUGACGAGCACGAACUGGACGAGCUUCAGCAGCAGCUAGGCGGUGGCGGUGGCGAGGACUUUCACGGCAAAGCCUAUCCGACCAAGACCUACCACGACGAUCGACACCGGCAGCUGAUCCUCAAAGACCCCGUCUACAAGAUCCCCCUCACCGAGUAUCUCAAAUGGCAGCUGCAGUCGUUGCAGGCACAGCUGGGAUCCCAGCGUUACGAGCAGCUAAUGUGCUCCGUGGUUCCCGAGGUACUGGAAAGGAUUACACUGUACAUAGAGCAGACGGUGCCCAAGGCCUGCGUGGUGUGCGCAGGCUCCGGCUCCGGAUCGGGAGCGCCUACGGACGAGACGCUCUCCGAACCGGUCGAGUCCGGCUGAUCCCGGACUGCUGUGCUUCAAAAGCUUUCUACGCUAAGUUAUUAAUGUAUUUUGUAUUGAAAUUAUAUAUUUUUAAUUGUUAAAAACUA